AUGGUCGUCUUUGACAUGUCGCCUGCGACAGAGCUCAACGCUGAUGUCAUUAAUCUUAUCUUUGAGUAUAUCGAAGACGAUAUACCUGCUCUCUACAACAGUAUACUGGUGAACAAAUACAUUUAUGACAAACUCAUUCCUCUCUUGUACAAAAAUCCAUUUCAUUAUAUGAACACACUUUUGAGAGGAACUAUAAACAAAACAAUAAGAAAUAAAUGUAGAGCUCUCAUAACUACGUACAUCAAAUGCUUGCCUUUAGAUAGACAGCUCUUCUAUCAUAAAGUUGGUGUCAUUGAAAAGCCAAGCUAUCCGAGGCAUCAACACGAACAAUACCUUAGAUCGUUAACGAUCAAUCACUUUAUAGGGUCGUUGAAUGCAACUAAAUAUCAUCAAAUUGCCGAUUCGCAUGGUGUCUUUUAUCACGACCUUAUAACAUUACUGGUAACCGGCAAGAAACAGCUGCAAAUGCUUCACAUAGAAGACACGCAUUUUCAUAUUUUCGAAGAUUUUCUUCAAGAUCUUUCGCCUUCGCUAAAAUCGUUGCGUUUGGAUAUGAAAUAUUACAUUAAUGAAGAUAUUAGUCAUUUAAUUAACAACUUACCCAACAUUGAAAGUUUGGUUAUUUCAUUUGCCAAACCAGAAAUUGAUUACGACCUGUUGGAGAAUAUGGGAAGAAUAAAGGAAUCGCUGGUGAGGCUGGAUAUCGAAGGCGAUCUCGGAAAGAUUGAUUUUAAAUUUCUCCAUAUAAUGAAAGAAUAUAAGCAAUUGAAAGUUAUAUAUAUUAGAAAACAUGAACAUUUAUGUAGUUAA